AUGUAUUCCUCCAGUGACUUCUACCUUGACAACUACAGUACAGAGCACCCAUCUUUCCAACAUGAAUCUACUGUGUCAUCAAAUUCAGAUGGAUCGAGUAUUUUCAUGCUCUCCCCUAAAGACACAGGGAGCAACAGGAUUCCACCGGAGAGUGCUUGUUACAGCAGCAACGACACUGGCUCGAGUAUGAUCAGUUCAAGCCAGGUGGGGCUCAACAGCAAAGCAUCAAGAGACGGCCCCGUUAGACCUCUGUCCACAAGAAGUCACCGGUCCGCUGCAGUCGAGUCUUGUGGUCCCAGUGACUGGACCCUGAACAGUGGCCAUCAAGCAAAGCGUGCCAGAGUGGAAAAUAUCAUCAAAGGCAUGACGGGCUCCCCUAGUUUGCAUUUCACAGAUGAAAACAAAAGGACACAAGAACUGCCUCUCCAUCGGGACCACAUGCAAAGAAGCGGUGCUGGUAGCACCAGCCGCAGGAGUCAAGAGAACCAGACAAUAAAGAAGCAGCUUCAAAGUAGGCAUCAGCCAUUUCGACGACUUCGGACAAGGUUUAGCCAUGCAGAUGGAGCAAAUGAAACUGAGAGAGUCAGCAGGCAAGGUUUUGCUGAAGACGACUAUCCCACCUGGAGUGAUUCUCCUAACACAUCUCUAAGUGAUGCAUUCACAGAUCCAAACGAGUGUGAGAGUGCCUCAUGUAAGAAAUACCAAGGGUGGAAAAAAGUGAAGCUGAUGAACUAUUUCCAAUCUACACCUUACAAAAUUAAAUUGAUGGCAGAUAUUUUGAAAUAUGAAUUGUCAAGAGCUGUCAGUCUUAGUGUUGAUUCCAUUUUCAAAAGCAUGCCGCUUUUACAGGGGCCGCCAAAUGAGGAAGGGAGAGGAGAAACUGAUAUGUCUCUUCUUAAUCUUCAGCAGCAGUCGUCCAUUUGUAAAGAUAAUAAACCAGGAAUUUCAUGUUGUGAGAGAGCAGAGGUGCAAGUCCCCGAUGUUCAAACUGAAGCGCUCUCUUUGGUUCUACAAAAGCCUCCGCUGGCCAGAUGCAGCACAGUUAACAUCCAGCCCAAAACAAGAGCUCACCAGUGUUCCAAGCCUCCUUUCAGUCAUUACUUUGCUCUUCAUGAAGAUCAUGCAUCGGAAAACAAUGGUGCCCAUCAAAUCACCACUACAUGUUUGCCAGAUGUACACUCUGGAGUUGGUCAAGCGAAGUUGGAGACAUUUGAUGUGUCUUGGAACGCAGUCAAAGUGAGGUCCAAGGUCAACUCCAGAUCUGUCAGAAGCCCCCAGACUCAUCCUGUAUCAGUGGAUCCAACACUUUUAGAAGCCCUGUGUCUCCCUCAUGUCAAGAUUGAGUCUGACGUUCAGCAGAGUGUGAUGAAGAAUAACUUCUACAUGCUGAAUGAGGGUCUGACCACAAACCAUCUGAAGAAAGCAAAGCUCAUGUUCUUCUACACUCGCUACCCCAGCUCACUUGUGCUGAAAACCUUUUUCGAUGAUGUGCAGUUCACGCGAUGUAUCACCUCCCAGCUCAUCAAGUGGUUCAGUAACUUCAGAGAGUUCUACUACAUCCAGAUGGAGAAAUUCGCCCGGCAUGCCAUCAUGGAGGGAGUGGCUGAUGUGCGGGAUCUGACUGUGGGAAGAGAAUCAGAACUUUUUAGAGCUCUCAACAUGCACUAUAACAAAUCCAGUGACUUCCAGGUUCCAGACAGAUUCAUUGAAGUUGCCGAGAUCACACUCAGAGAAUUUUACAUUGCCAUUUCAAUGGGCAAAGACCGUGAUCCGUCCUGGAAGAAGGCCAUCUACAAGGUGAUAUGUAAACUGGACAGUGACAUACCAGCUGAAUUCAAAAGUCACCACUGUGGAUGA